GCUCUACGGCUGCUGCCCAGGGUUGCUGCCAGCAGGGCGCGCCUUUCCCCCGGCGGGGCCGGAGGAGGAGGAGGCGGAUUCCCAGCCAAGACCCGCCCCGAGUCGAGGCUGCCGGGCGCAGAGCGAAGAUGGCGACGCGGGCGUGCGGGAGGCCGGCGCUGCGCUGGCUGCUCCUCCGGCCGCGGCCGCCGGGCGCCCGAGGAGGGGGAGCCUGCCUGGCCCGGGACUACUCCAAGGACAGCGAAGGCAGCUGGUUCCGCUCCAUCUUUGUCCACAAAGUGGACCCUCGCAAGGAUGCCCAUUCCAACCUCCUUUCCAAGAAAGAGACCAACCACCUCUACAAGAUCCAAUUCCACAAUGUGAAACCGGAAUGCCUGGAUGCCUAUAACAGUCUGACGGAGCAGGUCCUUCCUAAACUGCACUCGGAUGCCGAUUAUCCCUGCGACCUGGUGGGGAACUGGAAUACCUGGUAUGGCGAACAGGACCAAGCAGUGCACUUGUGGCGCUUCAGCGGCGGCUACCCGGCCCUCAUGGACUGCAUGAACAAGCUGAAACAGAACCAGGAGUACCUGGAGUUCCGGAAGGAGCGGAGCAAAAUGUUGCUUUCCCGGAGGAACCAGCUGCUCCUGGAAUUCAGCUUUUGGAACGAGCCUCUGCCCCGAGCCGGGCCCAACAUCUACGAGCUCAGGACGUACAAUCUUAAGCCCGGAACCAUGAUCGAGUGGGGGAAUAACUGGGCGCGGGCCAUUAAGUACCGCCAGGAGAACGAGGAAGCCGUGGGGGGCUUCUUCUCGCAGAUCGGGGAGCUGUACAUCGUGCACCACUUGUGGGCCUACAAGGACCUGCAGUCUCGAGAAGAAACGAGGAAUGCAGCCUGGAGGAAACGAGGCUGGGACGAGAAUGUUUACUAUACAGUGCCUCUGGUUCGCAGCAUGGAGUCUCGGAUCAUGAUUCCCCUGAAGAUCUCCCCGCUGCAAUGAGGGCCUCUCGGUGCAUUCCCUCAGCGCCUCCACAGCCGCACAGGAAGCAACGAGGCUUGCCGGAUCCGUUCCCCGGUUCUCCCCAUCCCUUUCCAUUCCCUGCCUCCCUGCUGCUCCUUUGCUGCUUGGGUCGGAGGCCGUAUCGUAGUUGGUUCUCUUUCUUUCUCGGCCUCCCUUGGGAGUCGGCUGUGCUGGACUGGGGUUUGUGAUGGACUCCGAGUCGAGCUUGGAGUUCUCGCCUGGCUCGAGGGAGGGAUGUUCAAGGGGGAUGAGACCUAUAAACAAGCCCUUCGCUGACGCCGUUGAUGUUGGACCUUAUCUGGCUUGACUGGAUGCUGGCGGCACCUUCAGAGCGCUGGAAUAUUUUUGUAUCGGAUUUCGUGUCGCCCUCUCCUGCCUCGUCCUGAGCCUCUUUGGGGUGGCGGCGGGGGGGGGAUCCCUCUCACCCCUCCUACACAAGUCCCCACUGGAACGCCUGCACUUGUUCUCUUGAAGUAUGCGGAUCUUGGCCCUAGCUGUCCGGUGCUGUGUUUGGUUUUUCUACUCCUGCUGCGGCAGCAACUACGGGGUGAUGGUUGAGGUUGGUGCGAGCUCCUCACUGGGUGCCGUGCCUUCCAGGAAGGCAGGGCCUUCUGUCAUAUGUGGGCCUCCAGGUGUUUCAGGACUACAUCUCCCAUCAUCCCUGGCCAUAAUGGUGUCAGGGCAGAGGAGGGUGGGGAUUGUAGUCCAACAGCAUCUGGGGACCCACCAGGGAGAAUGCCUGCAGUAAGGGCUCUGGGUCCAAUGGGCCAGGCACCCCCAGUCCCAAAGGUGUGUGUAGUCCUGUACAGUGACCUACCUGGUGGGAUUGUGUGCCCAGAACCCUUUGGGAGUAGAGCUGGCUUAAUUCAGAGGCCCAGAUUCCCAGAUGUUGCCGACCACAACUCCCAGCAUCCCCAGCUGCAAUAGCCUUUGCUUGGGGAUGAUGGGAGUUGUAGUCCACAACAUCUGGGAACCCCUGUUAGAGGGAACACUGGUCCCUAGGUGGUUGGACCACAGCUCCCAUCACCCCCCGCCCUUGGGGCCAUUGUGGUGGGGGGCGAUGGGUGUUGUAGUCCCACAACCUCUGGGGAACCCCUGUUCUAAGCCCUGUGGCUGUUUCAGCAGUGAACAGUCGCUCCGAAUGGGAUGCCCGAGUGGCUGAGACCAACCCAGGCCGCUUGAAUCUCCGGCACCCCUUGCUGGUCGGCUGCGGUGGUGACUCAAGGCGAAUGGGUCUCUCUCUUCCCCCCUCGCCCCAGCCUGCUUGGGGAGCCCCUUUUCAUCACUGCCCUUAAUUUGUGAGCCGCCUUCAGCUGGGAGACGCAGGCGGACAGGGUUCUAGGGAUCGCUGAGAACCACGGAGGCUUUUCCGCCCACUGAUAUCUCCAGGAGGGUUCCUUGCGUCCGUUCUGAGCUGGGAGAGACGGGGAGGCCAGAGCCGAGGUCCUGACGGUGGAUUGCUCCUCGCGGUCCCGCUCCGUGGGGCCACGUGACGUGGGCUGGGUGGCUGCGCCCACCUAUCAAGGACGUGCUUGUUGAGGGAGGGCUCUCCUCUCGAGGGACCACUGACGGUGCUGAACUUGCGGGUGUCAUUAAAUAUGUCAUAUACUGGU